CCAGGACCGCCGCCGCCAGGGCCGCCGCAGCCAGGGCCACCGGGCUGGGGCCCGAACCCCAUGCCAGGGCCACUGGGCUGGGGCCCGAACCCCGUGCCAGUUCCGGUGCCAGUCCCGGCAUCGCAACCCUUGGCUUCGCCGGUACCUUCCUCUAACCAAGACUCAUUGGCUUCGCCGGUACCCUCCUCUAACCAAGUCUCAUUGGCUUCGCCGGUACCCUCCUCUAACCAAGUCUCAUUGGCUUCGCCGGCACCCUCCUCUAACCAAGUCUCAUUGGCUUCGCCGGUACCCUCCUCUAACCAAGUCUCAUUGGCUUCGCCGGUAUCUUCCUCUAACCAAGUCUCGAUACAACCUACGCCUACAAGUGCAGUACAAAGGCCUAUCACAACUACCACAACCCCACGCCCCUCGGUCGCAGCUGUGUCGUCGUCCACAUCCAGAAAGCAGGCACAGGUGUCCCCAUCACCGUCCGGGCCGUAUGCGAUUACUGGUCUGAAGACGGGCAUAGACAGCUCUUCUGGUCAGCGGCCACUGCGCCAGAACAUCAAUGAUCUUCAGGGUUCGGGCGCUCAAUGGGAUCUGUACAUUCUGGGCCUUGCUGCAAUGCAGAGAGAUACUUCAGAGAAUGACAUGCUAUCGUACUUUCAGAUCAGCGGUAUCCACGGGCGACCCAACAUCCCAUGGAACGGCGUCCAGGCGGUACCGGGUGGUUCCGGUGGCGGCUACUGCCCUCACGGUAUGGUUCAGUUUCCUAUGUGGCAUCGGCCCUAUGUUGCCUUGUUUGAGCAAGUCCUUGGCAGCCACAUCCAGGCCAUCGCCGCCAACUAUAGCGGUAGUCGCGCGCAAGAGUAUAAGACAGCAGCCGAUAACUGGAGGCAUCCUUACUGGGACUGGGCGGCCGACGGCGGCGCCCAGCUUCCCACGAUCGCAACGCAGACAACCAUCACCGUCAACGGGCCCGGCGGUAAAGUUACCAUGGCAAACCCAUUACUGGGAUACAAAUGGCAGAGUUUCCCCUUGAACACGGCCUCCAACUACUUCCCAACGAGUGGCGACCGCAACUGCUGGGGUUUCCCCGAAACGACGCGGUGGCCUGACGCGAACGGGAACAACCGGCCCAGCUUGGCCAACAGUCAGCUCAGCCAGGAUGAUUUGAAGGCGAAUACGUAUAAUGUCUUUACCACCGCCACAGACUACGAGACGAUGGCCAGUACGGAGAGUAAUGGAAACAGUUUCGAGGACGUGCACAACUCGGUACAUGCAGCCAUCUACGCGGUCAUGGCUUACAUAGAAUAUUCCGCUUUUGAUCCGCUCUUCAUGUUGCACCAUACCAAUGUCGACCGCCUCAUCGCCAUGUGGCAGGCUAUACACUACAAUGACAAGACGCAGACCCAAACCUUACCAUCCGGAGCUCUCUUUGCCACGGCAGCCAACACGCCAAUAACCGCAGACAGUCCCCUCAAGCCCUUUUACCGGGACACGGCUGGUAAUUUCCACACGGGCAGAACGGCCUCUGAAAUCAAGAGCUUUGGCUACUCGUACCCCGAGAUCAUUGACUGGAACCAAAGCCAGGACGCCCUUGCCCGCCAGGUGACGGUUUCUGUCAACCGGCUGUACGGCCCGAGCGGCACCAGCGGGAAGCGGAAGGUUCGCCGCAAUCAUCGCCGCAAUCAUCGCCGUUCCAGCUGCAUCUCCCGCAAAGACCAAGUAGGCUCUUAUUCAUCGCCGGCCGCAUCCCAGCCUGAUGCCCCGCACAAGAUGUACUCGGCCAUGGUCGAUCUGCAACGCAGCGAGCUGCCGUUGCCUUGCAGUGUCUCCGUCUACGUGGAGGGCGAGUUCGCCGGGAAGAUAAGCGUCAUGAGCAUGCCGGCGUCAGGAAUGAUGCAUAGUGUUGUGUCGCUCAACAACGCAUUAGAAAAGCUGGGCAAGAGCAUGGCGAUUCCUGAGCCCCAGGGAAACAACAGCAGUUCUACAACAGGCAGCACGACGGCACAAAAGCCAGCGAUUUCUUCUAGCGACAAGGAGAUAAUUCAGAAGCAACUGUCUGUGGUUAUCCAGAGCAUAAAUGGAACCAUUGUCCCGGUUUCUUCAGCGCCGUCCCUCAAGAUCAAAGUCGAGCUGCAGCAUGUUGCGCCGCCCAAAUCUGAGGAUAGCUUGCCAAUUAUAACUCCUAUCACCGCGGGUCCUCUGGCUAAGCCUGUAGACCAUAGUGCAUAGUACUGGCAUAGUGCUAGAACGUGGGGCGGUUGUGAACCUUACAUAGAUAAUAUGUUUUCUAUUAGUCGACUGAUCACUAUAUGAUGUGAUCUAGAGCAUCUAAUCAACAGAUUCGCCUUUGUUUCCAUUCUGUUUCUAUUUUCUAGGGCCAUGUGUGUUACCCUGACUGAGCAUAUAGGGACGCUGGGAAGGCAAUAACAAUUCAGUUGGCAUUGAUUCAUGGCUUGGUAUGACUCCCACCAGGUAUCCCCUGCAUCCAUCUAAAUCAUCACCCAGCGCGCCUGAAGUAAUUAAUGGAAAGUUUCUGUUCUUCUCGUAUUUUCCAUCCGAGCUUAUUCUAUAGACUUCCAACUUCCCAG